GUGUGCAAAAUAAAAAAAAAAAUCUUUUUCAAUUUCAAGAAACAACAAAAAGGAAAAGAGUUUAUAGGAGAAAACAAACUAAAUUAUUAUAUGCCCAAAAACAAGCAAAUAAAUUUCGAAAAUUUCAAGAUCAUCAUUCCAAAGUUCAGACUACCAACUGACCAAAACCAGGCGAAACCCAUUUCAGAAUCAGUCAGAUCUUCUUUACCCUCCAAUGAUUUACUCCCUCUCUAAUUGUUUUCUCCUUCAAAUGCUUUGAAAGAGAAUUAGGAAUCAAUGCUGGUGAUUGGAUUUCAAGAAAUGGAAAAAACUUGUUGCAUUGUUGCAAUUUGAAGGGAAAAUUUUGGUGGAGGCUUUGCACAUUUAUCUCCAAGAUUUGUGAUGUGAGUUACAACAUACAUUGUUAGGUUGAAUGGAAGAGAUGGACACUGAAAGUGCCAUUCCAGCGACUGGAUUUGAAAACGCCGUUGCUUCACAGCUCCCCGUCUCUCCAAGUGUAGACGGGGCUCCCAAUGGCAGCGUGGAAGUUGAGAUCCUUGACGAUGCUGUCAAGUCUUUACCUCCAAAAUGCCAAUCAACGGGCAAGCCCGCGGAGCUUGAAGUUAAAGAGACGGGGGUCUUGAAGAAUUUGAAGCCACUGAAGAUCAAUAAAGCAUCUAGCCCCAAAAAUGCGGCAGCAGCAGUUCCAGUUAAGAGCAGAAACAGGAAAGAGGGUAGCAAACCUUACGUUGCUUCAAAUGGUAGCGAUGCUUCAGAAUCGAGCCAGAGACAGACUUCAGCUUUCAGACCAAAAAGUAAAUCGUCUAAUGAGAAUCAAGGCUCUAAGGAGCAACACGGGCGUCCCGAUGCAACAUCAUCUUCCACGAGCGGAGAACAGGCUGAAGAACUUCUGGAGAAGACAAAGCUAAAGGCUCCUAGGAAAAGCCCUUCUAGUAAAACUGAAGAAAUCUCAGUGUCAUCAUCAAGCCCUACUGCCGGAGAUGCCAGGGCCCGCAGAUCGGGUGCUCUACCAACCUACGGUUUCAGUUUCAAAUGUGAUGAAAGGGCCGAGAAAAGAAGAGAGUUUUAUUCGAAACUCGAGGAAAAGAUUCAGGCGAAGGAAGCAGAAAAGAACAAUCUGCAGGCAAAGAGUAAGGAAUCGCAGGAUGCUGAGAUCAAAAUGCUGAGAAAAACUUUGGGAUUCAAAGCCAUGCCUAUGCCAAGCUUCUAUCAAGAACCUCCACCUCCAAAGGUGGAACUAAAGAAGAUACCUAUUACGAGACCCAAAUCUCCGAAGCUUGGCCGGAAGAAGACUUCCCCUAGUGCUGAAUCCAAAGAAAACAGGGAGCGGGGUGCUCGCCCGGCUAGGUUAAGUUUGGACGAGAAGCUCGUGCAAAAUAACCUCGCCAAAGCACCAAGCCACGACCAUGUGAAGAAGCCGCUGAGGAAGUCUCUCCCCAAGUUGCCGUCUGAGGACACCAAGUCGUCGAACGAGAAGAAGAGGCCCACAGCCAAAGAAACAAGCGAUUCUGUGGUGGCAUCCGAGGCUGCAAGCAGAGCUGAGGAACCCCCCGUCGUGGUGCAAGAAGCCAUCGCAGUGUGAGCGAUGGAACGGGUAGCAGCAUCGUCGCCUCAAACUCUUGAGAUAUGUUCGAAUAAAAACUGCGAUCGAUCGAACAAUGACAGAUGUUGUUAAGGUUGGAAGUGUCCUUUGUUGUUCAUAGUCAGUCAGCAAUCAAGUUCUUGCUUUGUUUGAAAUUUAAAUGUGUUGCUGCUUUUUCAAGCUUAUUAAGUGGUUAACUUGCUCCUAAUUUAUGUCUAAAUAUGUUUCCAAAGUGAAAAUUUUGGAAUUUUAAUUUGCUACUA